AUGUCUUCAACAGUAUAUUUAUUAUCAAUACAAAAUUUAUUAACACGAUAUGGUAUGAGUACAUAUGUUGCAUUUGGUAAUAUCGGAAAUUUAUUAACCAUUGCUGUUUUUUGUCAAUCGGAACAACGUCGAAAUUCUUGUUCAUUUUAUUUAUUAUGGAUGACAAUAUGUAAUUUAAUAUGUCUUAAUGUUGGUAUAAUUCCGAUUAUAUUUUCCUUAGAUCAUACAGAUAUAAGUACAACAAUUCUUAUCGCUUGUAAACUUCAAUUUUAUAUUCGUCAUACAUCAUUUCAAAUAAUGAGACAAUAUAAAGUAUUAGCUUGUAUCGAUCGUUUUGCUUUAUGUAGUUUACAAGUUCGAAUACGUUCAUUUAGUCA